UCCGUUAUCACGUGAAAUAUGUAAACAAAGUUGUUUCAAAAUUAAGGUGAUCUAAAAACAUGUAUGUUGGCUUGCAAAAUAACAUUGCAUAUUUAAACAUUUGCAGCAUACAUUAACAAACUUAUUCGAAUUGUAGCCUAUGAUAGUUGAUCAACGAUCAGGAUAUUUUCUUAAACAACUCCAUUCUCAAAUAAAGUGACACCUGACAUACAAUCAGGUCAACAACGUUUGACGAUGCAGUCAACAUGGUUUGGUCAGUUCAAGGCUAUGAUGUACAAAGUUCUUCUCUUAAAAAGAAGAAAUAAGAAAACAACAAUAUAUGAGUUCUUCUUACCGGUUUACUUUAUCGUGAUACUGGCAAUCAUUCGAUUAACUUCACAAAAUGACCCGCUUGAUCAGUUUGGCAACUUUCCAAAUUAUUCACUAUAUGAUAGUAGAUUCACCUGGACAAUGGCUAACAAAAACCUUAUAGUAUCACCAGAUACUGCAGAAGUUCAGCAGUUGAUGGCGAACGUGAAACAGUUGAUUCUAGACAAGACAAAUCAGACGAUAGUUAUUCAGUAUUUCGCUAAUGCAACUGAGGUGGAGGCUGAAUACGUUCGUAACAAGACAAAUAUCCUAGCUGGUAUUGUCAUCAAUUAUAAUAAUGGUUCAAAUUUGACCUAUGCUCUAAGAUUUCCCGAUGGUAAAUUACCAAAUACAGACAUUGGUAAAACGUAUACUGGACAAGGAGGUUGUCGUCGUAGAGAUGGAAAAAACGGACAGACUAAUGAUGGGGGUCUUCAAAAUGACUAUAGUUGUCAAGUCAAUAGCUACCUGUUUGCAGCAUUUUCAAUAUUACAGUCGGCAAUUGAUACAGCACUGAUACAAAAAGAAACCGGAGUUAUGACAUUUUCUUUACCAGAUAUACUGGUAGAAAUGUUACCGAAAUCAGCUUUCCUGCAAGACACAAGCUACAUACAGAUUGUAUCAUCAAUAUAUUUCGUGAUCGCGUAUUCGCCGUUAAUAACAAUGUUAACUGUAGCAUUGGUGGCAGAGAAGGAAAAGAAGAUAAAAGAAGGCAUGAGAAUGAUGGGACUUAGAUCUUCUGCAUUCUGGAUGAGUUAUAUGUUGGUGUAUAUUUUUAUGAUCAUAGCUAUCACUGGGAUAGUAACUAUCAUCGCAGUGGCAACAAAGUUUUUUGAGAACAGCAAUGUAUUUCUAUUCUUUAUGUUGCUGUGUUUGUACGGACUGUCAAUCAUUGCUUUGGCCUUCUUGUUUACACCAUUCUUUAAUAAAGCUACUACUGCGGGUGGAUUAUCAAGUUUGAGUACAAUGUUGAUCAGCACAUUAUACCUGAUAGUGAGUCUAACACGGACAAUAGACGAGGGUACGGGCAACGUAACAUACUCGGUACCUGUGUACGGCAGAUGGUUACUAUGUCUGUUAUCACCUGUAGCUCUAGCGCUCGGUAUAGAUCAGGCGAUAUUUCUGGAUAUACGUGGAGGUAUGACGUUUGAAACUGCCAGUCAGGGAGAAUUCCCAUUGUAUGGUCCACUCCUUAUGUUGUUACUAGAUGCAAUACUUUACUUUGCCCUGGCAGUCUACUUUGAUAAUGUUAUACCAGGAGAGUAUGGUCCCCGGUACAAGCCUUGGUUUAUCUUUACAAAGACUUUCUGGUGCCCGGCUAAGAGAGCAACAGAGACGGCAGCAGCCUAUACAAAUCAAGUUAUACUACAAAUAGAUAACCAUACUGAUGAGGUGACAGAGGGGGCAGAAGUGGAACCAGUCCCUGUAUCCAUGGAAUCAAAAGUUGCUAUAACUAUCAACAACUUGACAAAAUGUUUUGAAGUGAAGAAGGAGAAAAAGAAGGAAACAGUGAAAGCAGUGAACGGUUUAUCGCUGACAAUAUAUCAAGAUCAGAUAACUGCUAUUCUCGGACAUAAUGGGGCAGGAAAGACAACUCUGCUUAACAUUCUAACAGGCAUGACUGGUGCUACAUCAGGGAGCGCCAGAGUUCUUGGACUGGAUGUGUCCGACGCCCAGGACGUGGAGACAAUGAGACGUAUCACGGGAAUUUGUCCACAACAUAACAUAUUGUUUGAUGACUUCACGUGUCUCGAACAUCUCCGAAUAUUUGCCGGCAUAAAAGGCAUAGAUAAAAGCCAAGUUGAGACCGAGAUCAACGCUGCCUUGGAUAGUGUAGGUCUCAAGGACCAGAAAAAUACAAUAUCAAAGAGUUUGAGUGGUGGUCAGAAACGUAAACUGUCUGUAGCUAUAGCUGUACUAGGAGAUCCCAAGAUCAUAAUACUGGACGAGCCUACAGCAGGUAUGGAUCCUUACUCCCGACGCCACCUAUGGGCAGUACUAAAAGAGAAAAAGAAGGGGAGAAUAAUUCUUCUUACUACACAUUUUAUGGAUGAGGCUGACAUAUUGACAGACAGGAAGGCCAUUGUUAGUAAGGGAACUCUCAGAUGUUGUGGAUCAUCUCUAUUUUUGAAGAACCGAUUUGGACUGGGAUAUCAUUUAAAUAUGGUAGUGGAACCGGACUGUGACACUCAGAAGGUCAGUAAUUUAGUUUCAGGAAUUGUAUCCGGGUCAGAAAUUAACAGAGUACACGGGAAGGAACUUGAUAUUACUCUACCAUAUGAUGGUGUCAGUAAAUUCUCAGAGUUGUUUUCAACAUUAGAAAAUCCGUCAACAGGGAAGUCCCUCGGGGUGAAAAACUUUGGCGUUUCCAUGACAACUUUAGAAGAAGUUUUUCUAAAACUUGAGGAAGAAAUAGAUAUAGAGGUAGAUGACACUGGUAGAGCCAGCAAUUAUUCUGAUUCAACAAAGUUACUUCCCUUACCAUACAAACCUGGUAGCUAUGGUACCGAGGCCAAUAACAUACCUGAACGUGAAGACAAUCCAUCGGACACAGUCACGUGUGUUGAAGGGAAAACUUUAUUCAUGCAGAGGUUUAAAGCCCUGUGUAUGUUGCGUGUAAAGAAAUUCCUCAAAACAGGACCCUACGUGUUUAGUCAGCUGUUUAUGCCAGUCAUAUUCUUAGUGGUUGGCUUAGUUCUGUCAAAAGUGUUAGCCGGAAACACGAAAUCCACAUCCCAGCAGCCCCCCCUGAACAUCUCGCCUAAUCUGUAUACUAAAGUAAAGGCUGCAUCUAACCAGUACUUUCCAUAUAGUACUGUACCAAGAUUACUGAUACAAGAUGAUGUCAAUUCUAGUCUAUCACGAUCAAUGAUUGGAAAUCUGGCAACCGUCUAUGAUGUGAACGAAUAUGAUAACUCGUACUACACAGAUACGUUUAAACUUCUUGAAAAUGAUGUUUCUCCACAUUACAUUGGCAUACAGUUUGAUACCCUCACUCAAAAUGGACAGGCCAUAGAUGCUACAUACAAGGUGAUGUAUAAUGACUCAGCAAUUCAUUCUAUCCCAGCAUCCAUUGCUCUAGUCAGUAACUUCCUGUUGAUGGGUAUAGAGACAAUAACACAAGGAGCAGCAGAUUUAAGUAAAACUAUAGAAGUAAACAGUUGGCCGUGGCCGAAGGAAGCUGGAGAAGAGAAGAUUUAUAACAGUGCAGCGUUCGCCUCUGUUUUACUGAUAGGAAUGGCAUUCUCGUAUAUCCCAGGUGGCAUGAGUGUAGAUCCUGUCAAAGAUCGUGAAUUAAAGAUACGAAGUCAGCUACGUGUGACAGGAUUACCAUUUACACUUUACUGGCUGACUUUCUUCACAGUGGAUUUUGUUAAAUUUCUAAUACCAGUAGUUCUGUCAGUUAUAGCAGUGUUUGUUAUACAGGUUGAAAGUUUAAUGUACGGUGGUGCAGCAUUCAGUUUUAUACUGUUGUGUCUAUUUUAUAUACCAUCAAAUAUUCUACUAGCCUACACUUUCUCAUUUCUGUUUGACAAGUUUGAGACCUGCCAGAGUGUUGCUCCUACCUUGUUUAUUAUGUUGGGUUAUAUACCAUACAUCCCAAUGGCAAUAGUAGAUAUGAUAGCAGAUACAUCUUCAGCCGAAAUAAUGCAUUACAUUUUCAGCUUUCUUAUUCCACCAUAUAACAUAUUUGGAGGUUUAUACUACAUAGACAGGAUACACCAGAGAGCGUAUUAUAUCAACCAAGAAGAUUUCAUCAAGUUUAAUGAUUAUUUUAAAUGGUCCAGUAAUAUCCCUAUCUGUUAUAUCACAAGUAUCAUUCACAUGUUUGUUUUCUUCUUCCUGAUGAGAGUUUUGGAUAUUAAGAAGACAGGUGGUGAUGUGAAGGAGGCUUGUUUACCAGGAAAAUCUCAGUCCACUGUUAUACCAGUCAGUAAUCUGGAUAUUGUUGAACAAGAAGAUGAAGACGUUACUGCAGAACGUGAACGUGUCAGAGAUCUGAGCAGAAGAUCACCAAAUGAGUUACCAGUUGCUGUAGCAGAAAACCUUCGUAAAGAAUUUAGUAAAGAUGGUGGAGAGGGAUGUUGUAAGAGAAAUAAGAAGGCGGAGUCAGUGAAGGUUGCCGUUAGAAACCAGACAUUUGCUGUAGAAGCUGGGGAGGUGUUUGGACUGUUAGGACCAAAUGGAGCCGGGAAAACAACAACGUUAAAUAUGAUGAUAGCUGAUGUUAGCCCCGACAAGGGGAAGGUUAUAGUUGGUGGCUAUGAUAUAAGAUCAAGUAUGUCAAACGCGUUCCAGGCCAUGGGCUAUUGUCCACAACAUGAUGCAUUAUGGUUAGAAAUGACACUGAAGGAUCACCUUGAUUGUUACGCUAUUAUUAGAGGAAUUCCUGAACAUCUUAUUCCAGAAGUUACAAACUUUUUUAUUGAUAAUUUGAAGCUAGAUGAACAUAAAAUGAAGAAAGCUAAGGAUUUAUCUGGAGGAACUAAAAGAAAGUUGAGUUAUUGUAUGAGUAUGUUAGGUCGACCAAAAGUUGUGUUGUUAGAUGAACCCUCUACUGGCAUGGAUCCUCAAUCUAAGAGAUUUCUAUGGGAUACUAUAUCUAACAGUUUUGAGAAUUCUAAUCGGGGAGCUAUAUUAACUACACAUUAUAUGGAGGAAGCAGAUGCCCUGUGCUCUAGAAUUGCUAUCAUGGUCAAUGGAACUAUGGAAUGUUUAGGGUCUAGUCAGCAUUUAAAAAGUAAAUACGGAAGUGGUUAUUCCCUCGAGAUCAAGUUGAAUGCCGACGAAAAUGAUGAUGAUGAAAUUUUACGACAAAAAAUGGAACGUUUACAUGGCUACAUACGAGAAUUAUUCCCAGAAGCUGUGGUUACCGAACAGUUCAGUGAGCGUGUUCAAUAUAAAAUACCGAAAUCUAACGUGGAGACAUUGUCUAGAACCUUUACUGUUCUUGAGCAAGGAAAGUUAAAGUAUGAUAUUGCAGAGUACAGUUUUAGUCAGUCAACUUUAGAACAGGUAUUUUUGGAGUUUGCCAAACAGCAGCUUGAGGAAGGACAGAGUGACAAAGAAGAUAAUGUAGAACGUACAAAAUCCUUGAUGAGAUCCAUGUCACAAGAGUCCCCGUCACAUCAUGCCACAUCCCCUGUUAGACUCUAAUGUCACAUCCCCUGUAAGACUCUAAUGUCACACAACCCUGUUAGACUUUAAUGUCAUAUCCUGUGUUAGACUUUAAUGUCAGUUAUAUAGACUAUAAUUUCACAGCCCCUGGUAGACUAUAAUGCUACAUCUCCUGCCAGACCUCAAUGAUAACAUUCAGUGUUGGACUUUAACAUCACAGAGUUGUUAGAAUUGUUGUAAAUAAAUGAUUUUCAAUUGUUGAUUUUAAUUUAUACAUAUGCCUUAUUUUUACAUUUUGUUAUACGGUUUUGUUAUUGAGCCAGCUCAAUUCAUGCUUCUAUAUUAAUUAUUUACUAUGAUGUUUUAACCUUUUAAAUGUGAUCUUAUGUUUAAAGAGAAAUUUAACUUACAUUAAUAUGUGUCUCAUUAUAUUUACUUACAUAUAACCUUUAUCAGAAAUGUAUUUACUACAUGAUGUUAUGUUGAUGAAGAUGUAUCUGUGUUAAUUAAGAAGUUACUAUUAAGUGUAGUUACAAAGAUGGACCUGUGUUGAGGUGUUAAUAUUGUGUAGUUACAAAGAUGGACCUGUGUUGAGGUGUUAAUAUUGUGUAGUUACAAAGAUGGACCUGUGUUGAGGUGUUUAUAUUGUUUAGUUACAAAGAUGGACCUGUGUUGAGGUGUUUAUAUUGUAUAGUUACAAAGAUGGACCUGUGUUGAGGUGUUUAUAUUGUUUAGUUACAAAGAUGGACCUGUGUUGAGGUGUUUAUAUUGUAUAGUUACAAAGAUGGACCUGUGUUGACAACUCAAUGUCUGUUUACAAAGAUAGACAUGUAUUGUACAUUCUAUGGACAGUGGCAAAUAAUUAUGUGACAUGUCAACCAUGAUAUAGUUUUUCCCACAUUUUUCUACAUAUUGUAAAUUAUUUGAACUAUUUUAAGAUAAAUACAUAUCACAAAUAUAAUUAUUUAUUACUCAUUUGA